AUGGCGCUCACGAUUCGUCGGGUUUGGAUGAGGAAGAUGGAGAGGACAACGAGGAUCCAGACGACUAGCCAAGGCGACGGCAGUCUAUCCCCUGUUCUGCCUGGUCCUGUGGAGAUGCGGAUACCUGAAUUCCUCUAUGGUCUUGCCGCGCUUGAGCGCGAGGAGCUACUCCUCACAUCAUACGCCAUAUAUGACCUGAGGAUGACUCUGGCUGGCAUGGCUCAUCUCUGCGGAUAG